CACUGGUUCUGCACGCAGCUUGUGCACGCCGAAAGGACCAUGGCGAGCGAUGACUGCCUCCACAAGAUCCAUCCUCGCCCGUCUCGUCUGCAUCGCUCAUGCCUCGACCGCGGUCUUGCUUGCUGCAUGCCUUUCUCGACCAGCUCCAGCCCCAGAGCCGCAUCGAUGUCUCCGACGCGGAAGGCAAGACGAGAACGAAACCACUCCCGUCCAUCCCCCACCACCCUGGCUCGAUUCCCGGGCUGGUCUGGGGCAAGGGUGGGGCUCGCGUCUUUCCUGUUCUCCUGGUCGGCGCUUUGGCUCGGCUGUCUUGUGGAUCAAUGUCGGCAGCCGAUCCGCGAGCCAACAUCUGGUCCCAGCAUCAACGGCCAACUUGCAUGCCCAUCGGGAUACCGCAUUGAAAUGCCUCGGAGGAUCCAAGUAGCAUCAGCAGCAGCAGCGGCAAGUGCACCCUUUUUUCUCUCCGGCAGCCCAGAAAGCAUUGGUUCUCAAAACACCCGUCGCCGCCCAGGCCAGCACGCCCGAACGAUAGCGAGCAUCCUCUGUGUGUCCCCUGGGCAGCACAAGCUUGGCGUUGUCGGAUACAGCGGCGCUCGUUCGGCUGCGAUGGUGCGGCUUUGCUGCCCAGAGUAACGGUGCCAGCGACAGCGAGCCUCCUUCCUCUCGCCGCCAAUCUUCAGGCCCUGGCCCGCCGGAACAGAAUGUGCGAGCACGGACGACGGCUUGCGGAACGAGAGCACCUCCACAUUCCUUCAACAGUGGUG